ACACAUACAUAUACAUAUACAUAUACAUAUACAUACGUAUGUAUGUAUGUACAUAUGCUAUGCUAUGCUCUGCUCUGCUAUGUAUGACCAGUACGUCCUGGAUAGACCCCAGUGCAGAGCUAUCCAGAUUCUCGUCUGCAGUGGGCUUAUUGUCUCACCGCAUCUGUCAUCCCAGUUGGAAAACGAAAACCAUUGCGAUCUCGGGUCUUGCUGUCAUGGUUCAUGGGCCGGCUUUGGCAUCGUUGCCACCUCCGCUUCCUUCUUUGUUACUUGGAUCUGCCGCCGUGGAACACACGAAUCAUGAAACCAGAUCGGAUGCUACGUUAACGGGACGACAUGGCACCGCCUGCUGAUCUGACCGGUAUCCCCAUUCCCCGGUCCGGUCGAUCGAAUCUGACUUCCCCCCUCCUCAUCCGUCAGCAUCGCCCGGGGGGCGCGCGCGUGGAGAUGUUGAUUGUGCCAUCCCGCUGUCGCGAUCAUCGGAGAUCACCGUCUGAGUGCAUGGCUUUGUUCAUUCAUCACCACAUGUUUUUGUCUACAAGAAGAAGUUCCAUAGCUUCCGUCUGUACGACGCGAUCACAGGGGGUGUUGAAAUUUCCUCAUUAUUAUUUUUCUUCAUAACCUCGGCUCGCUUCCCGUACACUAAGUAUCUAUUGUUUGUUUUACGGAGUACUCCGUAAAUAAGUACUGUACCAUAGUAUGCUCUUGCAUCAUAGAGAUCCAGUCCUCAAAUCUUAGAAUAGUACCUACCUACCUAGCUAUUCCUCCCCC